AUGGCUAUCCGCGAACGCCUGAACCUUGCAGUUUCCACCCUUAGGGUAGACAGCCUUCAGGCUCAAGCAUGCAGGAGGCAGCAAGCUCGGUGCGCGCACCAACCACUUCCCAUGGCGCCCUCCCUCAGGCUCACCUACUUCGACUUCAUGGGCCGGGCUGAGCCCAUCCGCCUGGCGCUCUCCAUCGGCGGCGUCCCCUUCCAAGACGAGCGUCUCACCCUCAACGACUUCGCUGCCCUAAAGCCUUCCCUGCCAUUCGCCCAGCUGCCCGUGAUCGACGUCGGAGGCGAGUCGCUGGCCCAGGCGCCCGCCAUCCUUCGCUACGCGGGGAAGCUGUCCGGCCUCCUGCCGAGGGAUCCGAUCGCCGCCAUGCGAGCGGACGAAAUCAUCUUUGCCGUGCAGGAUGCGAUUGCCGACUUCGGGCCCAGCACGGCUGAGCGCGAGGCCGCCAGGAGGCUGGAGAUGCGGCGAGCACUGGCCGCCGAAACGCUGCCCGGGCGGCUCGAGAUGAUCGAGCGGAGGAUCCGGGGCAGGGGCACAGAAUAUUGCGCCGGGGAGGAGAUGACCGUGGCGGACCUGUCGGUGUACUGCUUCUUCAGGGUGAUGAGGGGAGGGGACGGGGCGCUGGAGGGCAUACCGACGGGCUUGGUGGACGCCUAUGAGGAGAUAUGCGCGGUCUGCGGGAGGGUGGAGGCGCAUCCGAAGGUCAGGGAGUGGAACGACGCUCAUCGGAAGGGCGAGUAG